UAAAUUUGAUGUAUCUCUAAUUUGGACUAUAGUGGGAAACUUUUCUGGACUCUGAGGGACGUGUCAUGAAUUCAAAGGAUUUGAUUAAAAGAAUAUUUUAUGGUGGAUUGGAGCACGAAUUGCGGAAGGAGGUUUGGAAGUUCUUGUUGGGAUAUUAUGAAUAUGAAUCAACAUAUGCUGAGAGGGAAUAUCUUGAAUCAGUGAGGAAAUUAGAUUAUGAAACUAUAAAAUCUCAAUGGAAGAGUAUUUCGGUGGUACAAGCUAAAAGGUUUACAAAGUUUAGAGAACGAAAAAGUUUAAUUGACAAGGAUGUGGUCAGAACAGACAGAUCUGUCCCUUAUUUUGAAGGAGAUGAUAAUCCAAAUGUUAUAGUUCUACGUGAUAUACUGUUGACAUAUUCAUUUUAUAAUUUUGACCUUGGAUAUUGUCAGGGUAUGAGCGACCUUUUAUCGCCUAUACUAUUUGUUAUGAGGGAUGAAUAUGAGGCUUUCUGGUCUUUUGUUGCGCUGAUGGAGCGCUUGGGGCCCAACUUCAACCGUGAUCAAAGUGGAAUGCACUCCCAACUUUUUGCAUUGUCUAAGCUGGUAGAGCUUCUGGAUCAUUCGCUGCAUAAUUACUUUAGGCAGGCAGAUUGUCUAAAUUAUUUCUUCUGUUUCCGUUGGAUUCUCAUACAGUUCAAAAGAGAAUUCGAGUACGAGAAGACAAUGCACUUGUGGGAGGUGUUAUGGACACAUCAUCUAUCAGAGCACUUCCAUCUUUACAUAUGCAUUGCCAUACUUAAAAGUCACAAGAAAAAGAUAAUGGAGGAGCAGAUGGAUUUUGAUACUCUCUUAAAAUUUAUCAAUGGGCUCAGUAAUCAAAUUGAUCUUGAUUCAGUAAUUCGAGAUGCCGAGGCCUUGUGUGUUUGCGCUGGAGGAAAUGGAGCUGCCUGUAUUCCACCUGGUACCCCACCAUCUUGUCCAGUUGAUUUAGAUGCUGGACUCUAUGAUCAGCAAGAUGAUGAAAUAUUGUGAAGGUUUUUUUAACAUAUUUGCAUAGUCACAGGAAACUAUUUGAAUUGUUUAAAUUAUUGCCAGCAAUAUUGUAAUAUUCUUUCGCUCUCAACCCAUCUAUAUUUUUUCUACUAGAUAAUUGUGAUAUCUAGUGGGAUAAAAGCUUGAUGUUGUUGUUGUAUAAUUGUGAUAUCUGAAGCCAUUUCUUGGUUUAUAUAUAUAAUUUUUUUUUAAUCAAAUUCAGUA